AUCAGUCAUUUCAUUUAUUAAAGUAUAGUAGUGUAGAGUAGUAAUGUAAUCGCGUUGAUUUAUUUACAAAAAAUUUCACUUAAUUUUUCACAAUUCAUAAUUUAUGUUCAUUUAAAGUAGAAGUGAAAAAUUAGUAAAAAAAAUAUAAUUUUUUCAAUAAAACAAUUUUAAUGAGAAAAUUAUAAAGUGUAUAAUUACAAAUAAAUGAUUUUAAAAUAAGAAAAAUUGACUUGAUUUUCUCGGGGAGUUUUAUUGACGCGAUAAACAGAAGAACAAAAAAAAAAAUACAAAUUGAAAAAUCAAAAUGUCAAAAUAAAAGAAAAUUUUGAAAAAAAAAAUCAAUCAAAUUUAAAAAUUAAUUUUCAAAUUUCAUUUUUUUGGAAUGAAUGUGUUUAUUAAUAAAAAUAUAUUUUAAUAAGAAAUUAACAUACAUAUAAAUUGAAGAAAUAAAAAUUAGUUGCAAGUUUCAAAGAAAGUUGCAAUUUAAAAAGGGACAAGAAAUAUUUGGAUUAAAAAUUCUUUAAAUUUAUUCGAAAGGAGAAAAAGAAAUAAAUCAUCAAAUAAGUCAUUUGGUUUCUAUUGAAGAAAUUAUUCACUUCAUCAUUAACAAAAAACAAAAUCAUCGAAGUAAAAAACAUAUGUACAUAACUACAUAGUUGCAUAUUUAACUGAAUUAUUUAAAAAAAAAAUUAUAUAUUUUAUAAGAAAUUUUUUGAACCCCGGUUGCAGACUAUAUUUUAAUUCUGGAAAUACAUUCACUUAACAUAUAUAUAUUUUGAUAUCAAAUAGAAACUGGAAAAAUUUCAAAAUUUUCCGCAGAUUCAAAUCAUUUUUUUUUUUUUUGAAAAGGUCAACUAUACUUACGAGCACUCAUAUACGUAUGUAACUCAAUUGUGACGAACUUAAUUUAUUCUAACUUAUAUGUUCCAAAUUUGGACAUUCUUAAAGAAGUUCAUCAGCAUUUUUAUAUGAAUAUACUUAUAUGAAUUUUUUGUAAUAAUUUCAAAACCCACGUGAAAUACAAGACAAGAAACGGAGAAGAAGAAAAAAAUAGAAAGAAAGUAAAAUAUUCUUUUUGUUUAAUUAAAUUUUUGUGAAUUAAACGGAGAAACAGAAAUAAAAUAAAAAAAUUAGAGGAAAAAUAUUUAUAAAAUAAGCAAAAAUGUAUACAUCAGAAUAUGAGAAACGGAUUUUAGUACAUUAUAGUCCAGUUGCUAAAAAUUUAUAUAAUUCAUUUGAAGCAGUUAGUACAUCAACAUCGCUGGAUCGAUUUAUACCUUGCAGGGCAAAUAAUAAUUGGCAAACUAAUUUUGCUUCAAUUAGUAAAUCAAAUGAAAAUUCACCGUCAACAAAUAAAAAACAACGUGAUUGUGGUGAAUCAGUACGUGAUAGUUUAGCAUAUUCAUGUUUAUUAAAAAAUGAAUUACUUGGUACUGCAAUCGAAGAUGUUAAAGCAGUUAGUGAUGAAAGAAAUGAAAAUUCAUAUACACCAAGUGCUAAAAGAAGUUUAUUUAAAUAUCAUUCACCAACAAAACAGGAUUUUAAUGAACAAUGUCCAUAUUCAUUAUCACCAGUUAGUAUUAAAAGUCAAAAAUUAUUAAGAUCACCAAGAAAAGCAACUAGAAAAAUAUCUCGUAUACCAUUUAAAGUUUUAGAUGCACCUGAAUUACAAGAUGAUUUUUAUUUAAAUUUAGUUGAUUGGUCAUCACAAAAUGUUUUAGCUGUUGGUUUAGGUAGUUGCGUAUAUUUAUGGAGUGCAUGUACUAGUCAGGUUACAAGACUUUGUGAUUUAAGCUCUGAUACAAAUACUGUUACAUCAGUAUCAUGGAAUGAAAGAGGAAAUUUAGUAGCUGUUGGUACACAUCAUGGUUAUGUAACUGUAUGGGAUGUUGCAGCUAGUAAACAAAUUAAUAAAUUAAUUGGUCAUUCGGCACGUGUUGGUGCAUUAGCAUGGAAUAGUGAUAUAUUAUCAAGUGGUUCAAGAGAUCGUUUAAUAAUGCAACGUGAUACAAGAACAUCACCACAACAAAUUGAACGACGUUUAGUUGGACACCGUCAGGAGGUAUGUGGUUUAAAAUGGUCACCAGAUAAUCAAUAUUUAGCUAGCGGUGGUAAUGAUAAUCGUUUAUAUGUAUGGAAUCAACAUUCAUUAAAUCCAGUACAAUCAUAUACUGAACAUAUGGCUGCUGUUAAAGCAAUUGCAUGGUCACCACAUCAUCAUGGUUUAUUAGCAAGUGGUGGUGGUACAGCUGAUCGUUGUAUACGUUUUUGGAAUACAUUAACUGGUCAACCAAUGCAAUGUGUUGAUACCGGAUCACAAGUAUGUAAUUUAGCAUGGUCAAAACAUUCAUCUGAAUUAGUAUCAACACAUGGUUAUUCACAAAAUCAAAUCUUAGUAUGGAAAUAUCCAUCAUUAACACAAGUUGCUAAAUUAACUGGACAUUCAUAUAGAGUUUUAUAUUUAGCAUUAAGUCCAGAUGGUGAGGCUAUUGUUACUGGUGCUGGUGAUGAAACAUUACGUUUUUGGAAUGUAUUUAGUAAAGCAAGAAGCCAAAAAGAGAAUAAAAGUGUACUGAAUCUUUUUACAAAUAUUAGAUAAAUUUUUUAUGUGCAUGUAAUUAAAAAUUAUAUAGAAAUUGUAUAUAUAUAUAUACUAUAAAUAUGUACAAUUAUACAUAUGGAUAAAAAACGAAUAUGUAUAUAAAAAAAAAUUUAACAAAAUGUUUAAAAAAAAAAAAUCCAAUAAAUAAGAA